AUGGCAAUUGUGUUUGGCAAGCAAUUUGUCAUCAUGCACUCUGCAGAGGAGGUCACCACAUACAUCCAUAUCUUCAUCUAUCACUAUGGGUACUUCCUUGAGAAGUACAGUGGUGUGGAGAAGUUCUCCAACUAUGUAUUGGAGAGCAAACACAGUCUCAUGCUCCUCUUGUGGACAGGAACCUGGAUGGGGCUGUUUGAGAUGGAUAAGAGUGGUGAGAUGUUGGCAGACCACAUUCUGUGCUCCCUUUGA